GCCCCAACAGCCUCAUUUCGAGAGCGUCGUGGGCGCUCGCCCCGCUCGCCGUCUACGAUGGACGAUGCCGGGCCGUUUUCAUUUCCAUCCAACGACGACGCUAUGACUCUGGCCAAGACCUUCACCGACGCGGUCGAUUCGAUGUACGGCAGCGCCGGCGCCUACAAGCAGAUUGAUCCGCAUCUGCUCCGCGAGCUUUUCCACUCGUGGUUCAUGUUUCGGCGCUUGCGCUCAGAGCAGCCGCGCGCUCCAUCCAGCUCAAAGGUAGCCACUGUGCUCUGAUUUAGGCCCGCUGGUGUGACGCACGCAUGGGUGGUCUCGGCACUAAACUGGCGCUUAUCGAGAUCGAGAAGCGCGCCGCCUUCAAUGGGACAGCCGAAGAGCACAUCACUGCUUUCGAGCGGCUCACCGGCAUCGACGUGUGUUGCGUGUAGGAGAGCCGCGCAACCUGUGUGUAGUGGAGGGAGAGAGCCGGCCCCAAACCCCACAUACGCGCUCGGCGCAGAUCGCGGCGCGGGCGGCACUCGGCACGGGCCCACGGCGCGCGCGCGGGAGGGGCGGGUGUCGGCACGCGCGACCCGCGAGCUCAGCGCGCGAGCCCCCCCCCGUUUUGUCAAAUGGUGUAUACUCUCACA